AUGCCGCCGGGCAACCUGACGACGGGGGGCAACGGGAGCGGAGCGCCGCCGGAGCCCUCGGAAGGCCGGCUGGCCUCGCCGGCGCGGGCGCUCUUCGUGGUGCGCUGCGUGAUCCCUUCACUGUACCUGCUGAUCAUGCUGGUGGGCUUGUUGGGCAACGUCACUCUGCUGAGGAUCUUCGCCGGCCAGAGCGCCCGGCGGAGCGUGCCCAACAUCUUCAUCUCCAGCCUGGCCGCAGGCGACCUCCUGCUGCUGCUCACCUGCGUGCCCGUGGACGCCUCCCGCUUCUUCCUCCAGGACUGGCUCUUCGGCGCCCUGGGCUGCAAGCUCCUCCCGGCCAUCCAGCUCACCUCGGUGGGCGUCUCGGUCUUCACCCUCACCGCCCUCAGCGCCGACAGGUACAAGGCAAUAGUAAAUCCGAUGGAUAUUCAAGCACCCAAUGCAGUUAUGUGGACUUGUAUAAAAGCUAUAGCUAUCUGGAUAAUUUCCAUCCUGCUAGCAGUUCCUGAAGCUGUAUUCUCCGAAGUGGCCCACAUCACUGAUGCAGAUAAUGUCAGCUUCAUAGAAUGUAUGCGAUAUCCUCCGAAGGAUGAUUUGCACCCAAGGAUUCAUUCGGUGAUGAUUCUCUUGGUAUAUCUCCUCAUUCCUCUCACUGUUAUUAGUGUUUACUACUACCAUAUUGCCAGGAGUUUAAUUAAGAGUGCUCAUAACCUACCUGGGGAACACUGUGAGCAUUCUAAAAAACAGAUGGAAACACGAAAGCGUCUGGCCAAAAUUGUCCUAGUCUUUGUUGGACUAUUUGCUGUAUGCUGGUUGCCCACCCAUGUGCUAUACAUGUACAGAUCCUUUAACUACAGUAAGAUCGAUCCAUCACUUGGCCAUAUGAUCAUUACUUUGGUAGCCAGAGUCCUCAGUUUCUGCAAUUCUUGUGUAAAUCCAUUUGCACUCUAUUUCCUCAGUGAAAGCUUCCGGAGACAUUUUAACAGCCAACUUUGCUGUAGCAUAACACCUCAUCAACAGAGGUCUACCACUUACCCAAAUGGCUCUUCAGCCAUUCGAAUGACUUCUCUGGAAAGCCAUGGCAGGAAUACUGUCAUCAUGACAACUCUGCCUAAUGAGCAUCAGCACAAACAAGAAAUAUCCCUAUGAUUUGAUUAGAGUAAAUGUUUGAGUGUGGAAUGAAAUCCUGCAAUUAUUUGUUUGCCAAAUGUGUACUUUAUCCAACUUUCUUAAAAUGUACUGACAUCCUUCACCCAUGGAAGUGUGCCUUUUAGUGUACAUUCACAUCAGUUUCAAAGGAAAUAGGAUUCCCCCCUGCACUUAUCAGCUAUAUAGUUUAUUGCUUUGAAAGCUGAUCUAUCUUUUCAUUGGUACUGAUGGACGUAUAACCAAGAUACGUAUAAAAAGAGUAUAUAUAAUUUGUUUCUAUUUAAGAAUACUGAUUUAUGGUGGACCUUGUUUUCUUUUUUUAAAUAUUGCAUACUUCAGUCAUGUCUUCUUAUAAGGGACUAUUUUUGAUGCCAUGUAACUUACAGCUUUAAAUUCUGUACUAAAGAAUCAGUAAAUAUUUGUGUGCUUGUGAUUAAAAAUGGAUGGGUAGAUCACCAUUGGAAUUAUUUGUCUUAUAUCAUGUUCCAGUAAAUUUACAGUAGACAUUAAUGAUAAAGUUAAACUUUUAAACUUAAAAUGAUCCUUUCAACCCAUUAAAAGCUCAAUUUUUUUAUUUUGCCCCAUUUUAACUAAAAUCUUCAUUGUUAUCCUCCCUCCUCCAGUUGAUAUAUAAAUUCUAUGCUCUAGAAAGUUAUAGUUUACUGAAUUACUUGUUAUAUAUUCUUAGAAUGUUUUUGUUGCUGUAAAAACAUACGAGUUGGUGCCAGUUCCCUUUUAACAGUGCAUUCUGAACCAUACUGAAUUAAUAAAGAUCACUUUAUUGAAGAAAGAUUUGAAGUUAAUAAAUUAUGUUGCAUGACAUAUUGCUUUCUUAUGCCACCAUUGUUGGAAUUACUUGGGGAAUCAUCCACAAAAAAAGCAACAACAGUUAGAGUCAAAGAUCACUGUAUAUUAAAAUGGAAUUUUAGAGAAGGUGAAGGCUAAAUAAAAAAGAGUAGGAUGGUUGAAGUCAUGCAAUCAUACAGGAAAUAAGAAGCAUGGCUCUGGGAGGAAAUGUUGAGGAGCUAACCACUAUCUGUUCACUAGAAGAAAAGUAAUGUUGAAAAUAAAACUAGACUGAUAAUUUUCAGGACCCUAAUAUAGUUGGUCUCCCCAUUCUUUCUCAUGCAUUAAAACUCACAAAACUAUAAAAUUUUCAUGUAACUUGAAAUUGUUUCUAAAGAGGAAAAGUACUUUUGGGAUAACCACUGUGUGCCUCUAUACUCUUUUGAACUGCUUUUCAUAUUUAAAAAGGUCUUACCUGAAUACCCCAUUGUUUCCAUACAGUCUGCCCCAACACUUUUUGUAGGAUGGAAAAUGUAUUGCAUACUUCCUACAUUACGAUUCCCUGUCUUAGAUUGUCUGAUAUCACACAGGCUUACCAAUAUGAUUGAAUUUGUUAUUUGCUUGUAUCUCUUCAGUUACCUGCUUUAAUAUGGCUUCAGUUAUACUUAUAGAGAAGAAUUUGUAGAUGUUUGCAGUCAUCUUUUUAUCUUAAUUGUGGCAUGAACUGUGGGAGCUUGGCAGCAUAGUGUGACAAGGACAGUUUGGCAGAAAAGAAGACAGCCUGGUGAUUGUAGCUGGAAAAGGUACCUGGCUGACAGGAAAUUAGUAUACCCUGAACAGACUGCUUUGCAGACGCCUUAUCUCAAGUUCAAUUUCAGUAAAAUAAUGUGACAUGGUAUUUGUGAGCCUUUGGUGUAGUGUGAUAUUUGUGAGAUGUUAUUGCCUUCAAGUUCUGUGGAAUAUUCUUAAAUGUUGUUUUGAUAUAAAAGAAUGUGCUUUAUUUCCUAAAUUUUUGAAUGGUUCUGUAAUGCAGUAAAUAUCAUAAAUGUACUUGAUUUAUAAGUGAAUUGCAGCUGUAUAAUAAUAAUUAAAGCAA